AUGUACUCUUUCAAGAUUGCCGCGGCUCUUAGUCUUGCUGCUUUGGCACGGGCCUUUACUAUUCCAUCUGGUACCCCCGACGGCGUCUAUGCAGUCUCUACUAGCGAGAAUGGCACUACUGUCCAUGCAAAGAUUUCUAGUCCCUCAAAGAUCGAGCGUGACCAGGCUCAAGUAGCACCGAGGGCUGUUGAGCCCCGUGAUCAAGGAAUCUACUGUGGCUGCGGAUUUAAUCUGGACCCCGGCAACUGCGAUGCAGCUGUAGCAGAUCUCAAGACGCAGCUUCCUGGAGCACACAUCUAUGAAGGCACGUCGUACUACUCUAUUCGCGGGAAUGUCGUCGCCUUCGUCUGUGUUCCUUAUGUCGAUCCAGGCGUAUGGACUGACAUUUCUCCCGAUGAAUAUGGCCAAGCGCUGGCAACAAUCACGUCAAAGUGCGGACGAUAUAUUGCCGGGGCUAUGUUCACUGGAUUUUCCAUACAAUAUGUUGGAUACGCUCAGUGCAAAAUGAAGCCAGUGCUCACCUCGACCAGUAUCGGCUCGGCCGUCCGAACACUUCACAUCACGAAGAUACGCAGCGUGUCUGCCACUUCCAAUGUCUGGCAAAGGAUUCAAAAGCACCAGACCAUUACCAAUGAGCUCGGCACUCUUCGAAACUUUUCUGGUUAUACUCGCCUUCAUAACAAGCAGCGGAAUAAUGAAGAGCUCCCGUCUUUUAGCUUUGAAGGCCUGGGGAUGAGCAGGAAUGCCAAGGUCUUUGUCAUUGUUGUCUUGAGCAUUUUUGGCACAAUUGAGACUUGGGUCUGGUGCAAAGGCAUUUAUCGUUGGUGGAAUGGUCCUUCGGAGAAGGAAAAGAAGCUGGUUUAA